CGAUCACCUGCCAGUGUUGGGAAGAAGCCCCGCCCACCUACUCUCACCUGACCCCACCAGGAAGUGAAGGGACCGAGCAGUGCGGUGCGGUGAGACAAGCUGGAACUGGUCAGCACAGUGAAAUACGUCCAAACGGAAUACAUUUUCAGAAGAGAGGUGACAGCAAUCGUCGGCGUAGUGUUCGUUUGUCUGGUCGCUGUCCGAGCAGGUUCGUCUCCAUGUGAACUCCUUUCCGACAUGCUGCCGCCUCACAAACACCUCCUGCUCCUCCUCCUCCUCGCGGGCCUGCUGCUGCUCGGCGGCGGGGCCGGAGCUCCCGUCGGGUCCGAGGCGGAGUCCUCCGCGCGGGCGGGCCGCGUCCCCUCCAGCGGGGGGUCCCUGCUGGCGAAGGAGGGGUCCAGCGCGCGGAUCGAGUGCAACGUGACCGGAGGCCACGAGGACAUCAAGUGGUACAACUCUAAAGGACAUCUGCUGGGGGACGACGCGGGCGGGAGGUGGAACCUUGAGGAGAACGGCGUCCUGAACAUCACCGUGGUCUCCUUCGAGGACCGCGGCCUCUACACCUGCGUCGCCAACGGAAGCGAAAGCUACGCCGUCACUCUCCGCGUGGCCCACACCGACAGCGGCCUGGGCCUCUACUACGUCGUCGUCUGCCUGGUGACGUUCACCGUCACCAUGAUCCUCAACGUGGCGCGCCUCUGCAUGGUCGGCAGCCACCUCAAGAAGACCGAGAGGGCCAUCAACGAGUUCUUCCGCACCGAGGGCGCGGAGAAGCUGCAGAAGGCGUUCGAGGUCGCCAAGCGCAUCCCCAUCGUCACGUCGGCCAAGACGCUGGAGCUGGCCAAGGUCACGCAGUUCAAGACCAUGGAGUUCGCCCGGCACAUGGAGGAUCUGGCCCGGAGCGUCCCCCUGCCGCCGCUCAUCCUCAACUGCCGCACGUCCACGGAGGACGUGGUGCAGACGGGGGACGCCGACGCGGGUCCCGGCGCGGAGCAGCGCGGGAAGCAGGUGUCCAGGAACCGGCAAGCGAUAGGCCCCGCCUCCGCCGGGAGAGACGACGACGACGACGACGCGGCGGCGGCGCGUCAGGCGCUGCUGCCCAGUGGGGGAAACCAUGAAGGCGGCGUCGACGUCAAAGUUUCUGUCCACACCGUGUCCGAGGGCGCCGGGGUGAGCCUCCACCAGCCAGGCUCACGCACAAGCGUGGCUUAUGAGAGCAACGUGUAGGCUGAGAAAGACGCCCUCUGAAGUGGGAGGAGCCUGGCUGCGAGGGGAGAGGCUUGUGAUUCAGGUUCUCCGUGUGGUGCAAAGACAGAGGCAGAGUCACGCUCGUUCUGCUUCCUGCACCAAAGUAUUUCCGCGGGACUUUAAGCGAAGUGCAGUGGAUCCAAUUUUGCUUUCACGGAUCCGAAGGCUGGUUCAGAACUAAUCUUUAAAAUCACAACGCAAAUAUCGACCGCCAACGGAGCUGCGAGUUGUAUUUUUCUCCUUUUAAUCUUUGGUUUUAAUGUCCGUUUAGCAGCUGAUCUGUUCUUCGGUCUGCCUCCACUUUCAUGUCUCACUCACGAGAAGAAGAGGGAGACAUUGUGUGCCGGUGCGAGUAAUUAUAUUUUGCUGUGUGCACGGCUAGAAAAGUCGGACUAUUUCUUUUCUUUUUUUCAUGUAGGUAAUGCAACGUUUUCUUUGUGUGACAUGUGAGUGGAACGUAUACAGUAAUCCAUUUACGGAAUGUUAUCUUUUUGUCAUUGUUCGCACACAGAUCAGUGCCUCUAAAUGGUGUCAGAGGGCCAAAGAAUAUGAAUUGUUCAACAUAUAUCGAGGGGGAAAAAAGUUUAAAAUGUUUUUUUGUUUCCUUUUCCAGCUUUUGAAGUAAAACACAAAGAUUCACUCUCAAAAAUCACAUUGACUCCUCACAGCCACAAGUGCAAUGUGGAUAAACAUCUUCUUUACUCAAAGAGGAAGUUGAACACCUUUUGUAGUAAUUGUUACAAUGUUUUAUUGAAUCACACUACGACUGUUAGAUACAGUAAUAAACUUUCAAUGGUU